CAGCCUCGCCAUUCCUCAUCACAAGCGAAGCAGAGCACAAGAAGCACCACACACCUUCUUCAGCACCAGCUCCUGCUCGUGAUCAACAAGAUCAGCAUGUCUUGCUGCAACGGCAACUGCGGGUGCGGCGCCAGCUGCCAGUGCGGCCCCGCAUGCGGCGGCAGCAAGAUGUUCCCUGACGUGGAGGCCACCUCCGCCACCACCACCAUGGUCAUCGCCGCCGCCACCAGCAAGGCGAGCUCCGGCGGGUUCGAGGAGGCGAUGGAGAGCGGCGGCUGCGACUGCAACACCUGCAAGUGCGGCACCAGCUGCGGCUGCUCCUGCUGCAGCUGCAACUGAGGCAGCGCCGCGAUGGAGCACGAGGAGGAAGGAGAACCCCCGCAGCGUAUUAUAUAGUAGUAGCAGGCCAGCGUUUAAAUAAGAUCUUAAUUGGCAGCUGAAGGUUGUGGUUAACUGAACACUGCUGUAUCAAGGAAAUUGAUGUGCCUGCCUGUUGGGGGAGAAGUUACAUGGCCACUUGAAAUGAACACCUUGCUACAGUUUGGCUAA